UAACUAAUGUCAACAAAUGGUUUUUUGAAGGAAAAGGAACCAAGAAAGGGUCUUUUUGUGAUCGUGAAAUAAAAUAAUCUUUUAAUAAGAACCCGAUUUCCUGUGAAUUUCCACAAUGAGUAAAUCAGAGCCUGGCUUUUGCCGACUAUGCGCUGAACUAAAAACACACUCAAAACUGAUAAAUCUGAGCGUGGACGACGAAAAACGACGUGACGUUUUAGACCAACUUGCAAAAGUCAACAUUUCGAUGGAUCUCACUGAGGAAUUACUGCCGAAAACAGUUUGUUUUGUGUGUAUCAAUGCUUUACAGAAGGCUUUCGAGUUUGUUUCCGGUGUGGAGCAGGCGCAAACAGUGUUACACGACAUAGUUUUAGUUCAACAUAUUAAAAAGGAAUCUACUUCUUCGGACACAGAAAAUUUCGAUUACGACGCUUCAGAAGAUAUUAAGUGCGAUGAAACUAUUAUCAAAACCGAACCAGAGAAGAUGCGAAUAGAUUUUAAAAACGAAUCCGUAGAAAAUAAAGAUUUAUUACCGAAAGCAACGAAGAAACGGUUAAAACGGAAGCAUAAAGAUUGUUCUCGCACAAGUUUAGAUAACCUGCCUUUAGCUCAAUUAAAACUGACCUGGGAAGAUUACAGCUGGACCUGUUCGUAUUGCGAAACUCAGUUCCAAACCAUUGAAGAGCUGAAAAUGCACUCGAUACAAUAUCAUAACAGUUGUAAUGCAUAUCGAUGUACGGAUUGUAAUAUCAGAAAGUUACGGCUAGACAGUUUCCUAGUGCAUGUUCAAAGACAUCGAAAAUUCCUUAAACUGUCAUGUUAUAAGUGCUUUUUGAAAUUUACAUCGCCACAUCAAGUUAAUUUGCACAAAACCACUCAUAUAACAUCUGAAUAUUGGUGCAAAGGAUGCAAUAGUUUAUUUGAGAGUUCAGACCAAAUGUCCGAGCAUAUAAACUCGUUUUACAAGGAUCACAAAACUAGAGGAGUUCCUUCUUUGCCGCUGAAUGAUAAUCUAACCUGCAUAUUAUGUAAAAAGACAUUCAAACACAAGGGCAGCCUAAGCACACAUCUAUUAAUUCACACGGAAAGAAAACGGGAUCACACUUGCGAGAAAUGCGGUAAAUGUUUCCUAAAUAAACAGAAUCUGGCCGGCCAUAUGAUUUUACACGAGGACACAAGGCCGCAUCAGUGCGAAAUAUGUAAAGCAAGCUUCAAAACUGCGAGCCAGUUACGUAACCAUGUCGGAGUACAUGAUAGUCAUAAACCGUUUGCUUGUGAUCAAUGUGGGCGAUGUUUCCGCCUGCAGAAGCAGCUAUCGUCGCACCAGAUCAUCCACACAGACCUACUGCCUUAUGUUUGUUCGUACUGCAAUAAAGGUUUCCGUUUCAAAACUAUUUUAAACCAACAUAUUCGGCAACACACUGGUGUAAAACCUUAUUCGUGCGAGUUAUGUCAACGAGACUUCACAAAUUGGCCAAAUUACAACAAACACAUGAAAAGACGCCAUGGAAUGGACAUGGCUAAGAAAAAGCAUACUCCUGAAGGGGUAUAUCCAAUAAAUCCGACGACAGGCGAGAUAAUAAUUUAUCCGGAAACUGACAGUACUUUGGAAUGGAAGAAAAAAAUGAUGACGCAGAGAAGGCCUGGUAGACCCAAGGCGAAUAUCAAAUUAGAAGAAAAUAUCAAUUCUGAUAUAGUGAAUAAACAAGAGGUUGUUGAAGGACAAAGCAUCAGUUAAUUGAAAAGAAUUAAUUUAGGAUUGUAAGAUUUAAAUUAAUGUAAAAAUAAGUAGGGUUGGAAACUCAGGUCGUUAAAAUCUUGAACUUGACUAGUAAAUCAGGGUAAAAAAGGAAAAUACACCUACUUAAAAUUAUUUAAGACUCAGUGACCAAUGUUUAAAAUGAAAUGCAAAAAUUAAUUAUUAUGUGGGCUUAAUUGCAAUAUCCAUGCAACCCACAUUAUAAUUUUAAUGUCUUGUCUGUUUUCAUAUUUCUAUUUGUAGCACAAAUCAUACUUUAUGUAUGCAGCUUUAUUUACUGGCAGAAAUUAUUGUCAUACUUUGUUUUUUGUAUGACUAAGGAACCUAUUUUAUCUCAUUUAAUAUGUUCCUUUCAACUUUCUAUUGCAAUUCAGGUUUUUGGCAAUAUUUUACAAUUUUUUUGUUACAUAAAUCCCAAGGAUAUAUAGUUGUUUUUUGGAUAUAGUAUGUAUUAUAUUAUAUUUAAUGUUGAUGUUUAUUGUUUAAUAUUAUAUCUGUUGUAAAAUAUUUUUAAUGUAAGUUUGUUGUUGUAAUUGGCAGCUUAAACUUAAAAAUGUAUAAUAAAUGAGACUGGAAACAUUUAUUGUAUACUGUAUGUUUUUUAUUAAGGGGCAAAGACACUUCUACUUUUAGUGUAAUGCAGUCUUGUAUUUUUUAAUUUAUUAUGUUUCCUUGCUAGUAUUAGGCCCAAAUUAUGUUUUUUGAUUGUCCAACUAUUGGACAAGAAAAUUUAUAUCUAUUAAAAACAUCACAUUACAAAGUCAACAGCUAACAUGGUUAGAAAUAAAAUAAAUGUGAAUACUUAAACUUAAUAUACUUUUUAUUUACAAACUAUCAAAGCCAAACAUCUGGGUGACACACUUUGAUUGAAUAUCUUUUUGAAUCUACAAUUUUUUAUCCCAAUAUCUUGCAGAUACUUCAAUCUGUCGUACAAAAUAAAGUUUUCAACGAUAACUUGCAAAUAAUUUUGCAGCAUCACAAAUAUGGCGGCUUUUUUAA